GGAAGGGGAGGGGGCUGUGGGGCCCCGACGUCAGAUGCCAUCGGCUCCCAGGGGACCGUUAAAGUCGCUGCGCUGCCAGGCGGGCCAGGGUGUCUGCAGAGGUCCCUGCCUCCUCGACGCCCGCUGCAACCCGCCUGGCUGCCCGGCCUGGGUACGCGCCCCUGGGAAGCCUGCUGCGUGGUCGCCCGCACGCACGCCUCUCUCUGGCUGUCUUCUCUUUAACUGUUUUCUCCCUUGUCUUCUCUGUUCUUCUUUCCCCUGUCAGAAUUUCUCCCUCUGCUUCUGUCUCUCCCAUGCUCUUUCUCUUUUUCCCCUGUCACUGUCUCCCAUUCUCUCCUUAUCUUUCCACCUUCCAAUUUCCUUCAUCCCUGUUCUCUGUGUCUUUUUUUCAGACGACUCUUGGGUCUCUUCUCGUUUUUCUUCCUCUCUGCUUCUCUUUUUCUCUGCCUCAUCCUCCUCCAUCUCCUCUGCCACCCGAUUCUUCCUGUGUCUCACUCUCAACCCCCAAAACACAGCAAUUCAGGGAUGACAGGGCCUGGCAGUAUGCCCCGGGGAAGGUUGGCCCUGCCCUCCGAGGGCAUCGAUGGAGCCCACUUGGAGCAGGAUUGGUGAAGAGGGUGUCCGGGCUAGAGAGGACAGGUGUCUGUCUCCUGGGCUCGUGGGAUGGGACCCUGGCUUUGAUGCUAGCUCCAUCUGUAUCACACGGCCUGAUCAGGAUUAGCUGCUGUCCGGGCAUUUCCCUCCAUCGCCCGAUCCACUGAGUCCACUGGGGUGGGAAGGACAGGGUGUGGGGGCAUCAGGACUAGAGCUGAGUCAGGAGAUCUUUGCCAAGUUCCCAGGGGUUAGUUAGCACCCUCAGGGUGGCAGUGCUGGAGAACGCUCAGGGUUUGGUGCCCUCAUGCCCACCCCCUCCAGGCAGCCGGCGCUGACUGCACGAGGUGACGCGUGACUCUUCCAGCCAGCUAUGCCCCUGCUGCCCAGCACUGUGGGCCUGGCAGGCCUGCUUUUCUGGGCAGGCCAGGCAGUGAACGCCUUGAUGCCCAAUGCCACCCUGGCACUGGCCCGGACCGAGGGCACAGCCGUGUGGCCCCUGAGUGGCCUGGGGGUGCCCCGCUACCGGCGGAAGCGCCACAUCUCUGCCCGGGACAUGAGUGCCUUACUGGAUUAUCACAACCACAUCCGGGCCAGUGUGCACCCACCUGCGGCCAACAUGGAGUAUAUGGUCUGGGACGAGCGGCUGGCCAGGUCUGCCGAGGCCUGGGCCACCCAGUGCAUCUGGGCCCACGGGCCCUCACAUCUGAUGAGACACGUGGGCCAGAACCUGUCCAUCCAUUCUGGCCGGUACCGCUCGGUGGUGGACCUCGUCAAGUCUUGGUCUGAGGAGAAGCGGCAUUACUCGUUUCCGGCCCCCAGGGACUGUCGCCCACAUUGCCCCUGGCGCUGCAGCGGCCCUGUCUGCUCCCACUAUACCCAGAUGGUGUGGGCAUCCUCCAAUCGGCUGGGCUGUGCCCUCCACACCUGUGGCAGCAUCAACGUCUGGGGCAACACCUGGCGUCAGGCAGUGUACCUGGUCUGCAACUACGCCAUUAAGGGCAACUGGAUCGGCGAGGCACCAUACAAGAUGGGGCGGCCGUGUUCUGCCUGUCCCCCAAGUUACCAAGGCACCUGCAGCAGCAACAUGUGUUUCUCUGGACUCAAAUCCAAUAAGCUUCUGUGGUUCUAAAUUUCCCCAGGGCCCCGGCGGCGCCUCUGGCCUCCUCCAGAGGAUCGCUUCCCAAAGACCAGGUCAAAGAAUAAUUGUUUUUUUAAAGGACAUAAUUGGGUUCACUCCUCUGAUCUGAAUUUUCCCUCCUGACUCCUUCCAUUCCCAAAAUGUCCAGCAUGUGCCUGAAGAAAACAACCUUUUCUUUCU